AUGUUUCGCACAAUGAGGAAGCUUUGUGAAAAGCAUGUCGUACUACCGCGAGCAUCCCUACUUUCUCCUCAUGAGCUCAUCGUGGAAGAUGAACAUCCCAUCGACCGGGGCGGCUUUGGUGAAAUACGCCGUGGACAGUGGCAAAGUGGUGGAAGCAUAGUUCGUGUAGCUUUCAAAUCCUUCACCUUUGCACAGAAUGAGGACCUGCAACAACAGAUCUACAAGGAAGCCAUUCAAUGGCGACAUCUCCAUCAUCCGAACGUUGUGCCAUUUUUCGGUGUCUGUGACAUGCCGCGGCCACUCCGAUUGUGCAUCGUGAGCCACUGGAUGGAGAACGGUAGCAUCAUGGACUUCUUGCGACAGAACACUAGCGCAGACCGGCUACCGUUGUUGGUCGGGAUUGCGACAGGGCUUGAAUAUCUCCACUCAAAGGACAUUGUUCAUGGCGAUCUCAAGGGAGCAAACAUUCUAAUUGACGACAAUGGGGUCCCGCGUCUGGCCGACUUUGGUCUAGCGACUGUAGUGUACCGCAUGCAGACAGUCAAUACUGCUUCCGAGUCGCACAGAGGUGGCACUUACCGUUGGAUGGCACCGGAACUUUUCGACCCCGAGAAAUUCGGCUUGCCACAUGUACGGCCGUCCAAGGAAAGCGACGUCUACGGGCUUGCCAUGGUGAUGUGGGAGGUCUACACAGGCCGCAUCCCAUUCCACAUGUGUCGCAAUGAGUGGCAAGUGGUUUACAAGAUCAUGUCUGGCAAACGACCCACUCGUUCUGAGGAUACUAUGCUGCCGGUUAUCCAGGACCGCAUCUGGAUCCUCAUGGAGGAAUGUUGGGAUGCAUGUCCAGGAAAUCGUCCGAAUGUCCGUGACGUACUCGGUCGCUUGGGCGCCGAAGACGACAUGCACGGCAUCACAGUGACGGAGCAAAAUCGGGUAUCUCCUCACAUGAGGACAACAAGCGAGCAUAGUAGCGUUGACAUGCAAACUCUAAACAUUCGUGAGGAUUCGGGCAGCUGCAUCAAUGUCCACUUGGAGAUGAAACACGUGGAGUGUCAUCUCAGAAUAACCGCGCGCUUUUUUUUUUUUUUUUCCCGAACUGUCAUGAUCGGUAGAAUCUGA